CGCCACCACCAAACCCACAGCGACGACCCCACAUUGACUGGCCUUUGGCAGCCGCCCAACUCGGGAGCCUUCCUCGUCCCUUGGAAGAAAAGAGUCAAGCAUAAGCGCGCCCCUUCCUUGUCGGCGCUUCAGCUGCAUAGCAGGAGCUUCGCUGUUCUUACCCCCCUCCCUGCUUUGGUUCGCGCGCAGUCACUUGCCGGUGGUGGACAUUGCAACGUCGGGACCCAAGUCACCGCCUGGUCCACUCGCCAUCCAACUCCCCGUGCGAAUCAGGCAACACCGCCUUCACAGCCCAAGACAAAGACGAAGCCCGGAAUUUUGAUCCGUUCACCUUGCCGAACUGUCGCCGCGCUUUGCUCGGGGUGUGCAAGAGGCUGCCAUUUUAGAUCCGUUUGCUCAAACACCCAACUUACGAUUUACUGUUUUGCCCCCCUGGCAGCCUCAGGUACUGUGUGUAUUCCGCGACCCACGCAGGCGACCCGACAGCCAGUUCGCCAAACAAACGAUCGUGCUCCGUCAUCGAAUGCGACGGAGCCGAGCGCAGGUCCCAGCGGAACGAGAAGUCCGGCAGUCUGUCGACCCCGCCUGUUGCCCGCCAUGGCCGACGCAUUCGCCCCGCGCUCCAUGAAGCGCAAGAACGUCAAGGGUCUCGCUUUGAAGGCUCCUCCCCCGAAGCCGCCGUCGUCCGUUGAGAAUGCCCGUCCGGGUCCCGCUGGGAAAGGGGAUGACAACGCUGCGCAGCUGGAGAUUGGUAUCGAGUUCAACUUGGAUUUGAGACCGGAGGAUCUCGAAGUCAUCAGGGAUCUUGGCGCUGGUAACGGCGGGACAGUCAGCAAAGUCAGGCACAUCCCGACAAACACGGUGAUGGCACGAAAGAUCAUCCACGUCGAAGCCAAGAAGGAAAUGCGCAAGCGUAUAGUCCGCGAGCUGCAGAUCAUGCACGGCUGCCACUCCGACUACAUUGUCACUUUCUACGGCGCCUUCCUCAACGAGAACAACGACGUAAUCAUGUGCAUGGAAUACAUGGAUGUCGGUUCGCUUGACCGUAUCUCCCGAGUAUUCGGACCGGUCAGGGUAGACGUGCUCGGCAAGAUCGCUGUGGCUACGCUCGGCGGACUCACCUAUCUCUACGCAAAGCAUCAUAUCAUGCACCGCGACAUCAAGCCGUCAAAUAUCCUGGUCAACUCGCGAGGAUCCAUCAAGCUUUGCGAUUUUGGUGUCUCCGGGGAGCUGAUCAACUCGGUCGCCGAUACAUUCGUCGGCACGUCCACGUACAUGGCGCCCGAGAGAAUCCAGGGCGAGAGGUACACGGUCAAGUCGGACGUGUGGAGCUUCGGUCUGACUAUCAUGGAGUUGGCAAUUGGCAAAUUUCCCUUCGCUGCGAGCGAGCAGCUGUCCGAUGCCGAAAGCGCGCCCGCUGGCAUCCUGGAUUUGCUGCAGCAGAUCGUGCAUGAGCCAGCCCCUAAGCUUCCCAAGAGCGAUGCAUUCCCGCAGAUUCUCGAAGACAUGAUCCAGAAGUGUCUAUACAAGGAACCCGAACGACGGCCGACGCCCCAAGAGUUAUUCGACCGAGACCUUUUCGUACAAGCCGCGAAGAGGACUCCUGUCGACUUGAGGGAGUGGGCCUGCGGUCUGAUGGAUAGGGAUAACCGCAAGUCCCAUCUGGCGCCCCAGCCCUCACCCGCGACUCAAGAUCUCCUGCGCUCAAGCGACUCUCCCACAUACGGCACCCAGCAAACGCCUACUUCUUCCUACCGAAUCGACCGGCAGGCCGCGGACCACGCUAACUUGGCUGCGCAAGUGGACCGUUUGUACAUUCGGGAGUGGGACCACGAGCAAUGAUUCCCAGGUUUCUUGACAACACAUGUCGACAGAACGGAGCUCCUGGGCCACUGAGCGCCGUGGGCGCGGGCGUGGGCGUAGACACGGGCGGAUCCCUUCUCCGUUUGGU